UAUUUUCCACAAAAACGUUUCCAUUCUAAAUUAACUCCAUGCUUAGUUCUUAUUUCAACUUUUUCGUAGUUUUUCUCAACUUGAUCACACGGUCGCUCUCUUUCGUGUGUGAUCAAAGCUUAAAUGACUGUGGCUCUAAUGGGUUCUGCAUUUCUGGCUCAUGCCGAUGUCUGCCUGGAUGGGAUGGGGUGACUUGUGACCUUGACGCGGACGAGUGUUCCUCUGAGAACGGGGGCUGCCAAAUUAACUGCAUCAACACCCCUGGCUCAUUCUACUGUGGUUGUGCUGAUCCAGGCUACCAGACAUCUGCCAACGGAUUUGUCUGCAUAGACGCAGACGAAUGUGUUCUGGGCACAGACGAUUGCGAUGAGUCAUCUUCCACCUGUUCCAACUCAGAGGGAUCCUUCAAUUGCGACUGCAAAACAGGCUAUGAGACCAGUGGACCCAAUACAUGCACAGAUGUUGACGAGUGUGACCUUGGCAUUGACAUGUGUGAUGACUUGUGUGUGAACACAGUGGGAUCUUACUUGUGCUUCUGUCAGCAACCCAAUCAGAUUCUGCUCAGCGAUGGGUUCUCAUGCUCAACAAUAUGUUUACUUGAUUCUGAAUGCAACGGUCCAUCUAAUGGAUAUUGUGACUCAAACCACACCCGGAAAUGCAUCUGUGUCGAGGGUCGACAGGGAUCCGAUUGCUUCUCGGAUGUAGACGAGUGCUUAUCCGACAACGGACAAUGUGCCCAAAUAUGUAUGAACACUGCGGGUAGUUUCGUCUGUGAAUGCCGGGACGGGUUUGAAGUAGACCCACUGAACUCGUUUCAAUGUUUGGAUUUGAACGAAUGUGAUGCAAAUUUGGACAGUUGUCAACGGAAUGCGAUCUGUCUCAACUCUGUCGGAUCUUUCUCCUGUCUGUGCAAGACCGGUUUCAGUCCUGAAUCGCCUGACUUCUCAAAAUGCUUGGAAGAGAAAUCAAUUGAUGCAAUUCUUUAUGCUGGAGCGAAGAUGCUACAAUAUUUUGGACCACAAACUGUUUUCAUUGGUCUUAUUCUUACUAUCUUUAAUUCAUACAUUUGUUUGAUCUACUGAUUUCUUGAACACUACAUUAAAAUGUUUGCAAAAAUAUAUUUGAACUGUUUAUAUUUGAUAACUUACUUAUCAUGUCACAGAGUGUAAAUAAUACUAUUUUAAAACGUUUGUAAAAAAAAUAUUUGAACUGCUUACAUUUGAUAACU